CCAUGGCAACCAGAGGACCCGGACCCGAACUACAGAGACCUGUUUGACUUUGAAGUCAUGGCAUGACAUAAAAAAGAGAAGAAGGAAGCAACGAUGCAACACUGUGCAUGCAAAUCACCGUAAAAAACAAUAAAAGAAGAAGAAGAGGAAGAGGAGGACUUGCCGCCUCUGGAACCUUCCAACAUCAUGAUGGAGUUGUCAUAUCAGUCCAUGAAAAUCGCUAAUCAAGUCCGGGAGGCGGAUGAUGUAAAGACUGAGAUGAGGAAGAAGAGUCUCCUCAUCCUCAUUCACCACCACCUGCUGGGACAAGGCUACAUGGACACAGCAGCAGUCUUGGACCAGGAGACGAGUGGGAGUCUCAGGAAGUUUGAUGUCUGCGACAACAUCGACCUGGAGAUGGUGCUGAUGGAGUUUGAGAGCUAUCAGUACGUCAAAUUCCAGAAAUAUCCCAAGCUUAUCAGAAAAACACUGGAACCAGACCGAUCCAGAAGUGGUGGAGUGAAACGGAGUCCCUGUUCAGCCUUGAGGCGUCUUCCCAAAAUCAACGCACCCCAGUCUGGAAGUGGAUCCAAAAAGACUGCAAUCAGUGAAAAUGUCUCAUCUGCUCCUCCAGAAAUGUCAGACUUUGGUCUCAACGUUACCUCCAUCAAAACUGGAACAACGGGGGAGGUCAACAUGGUUCAGGAACGUCUGCUGAAGCCCCUCAGUGGCUUAUCCGCCAUGGACGGUGAGAUGGCGGAACUGGCCGCAAUCAUCAGCAGGGACAUCUAUUUGCACAGCCCCAACGUGCACUGGAAGGACAUCAUCGGCCUGGAGGAUGCCAAGCGAUUAGUCAAAGAGGCCGUCGUCUAUCCCAUUAAGUAUCCUCAGCUGUUUACAGGCAUCCGCUCUCCGUGGAAGGGCCUGCUGCUCUACGGCCCCCCAGGUACAGGCAAGACCCUGCUGGCCAAGGCUGUGGCCACCGAGUGCAAGACGACCUUCUUCAACAUCUCUGCCUCAAGCAUCGUCAGCAAGUGGAGGGGAGACUCUGAGAAACUGGUCAGGGUCUUGUUUCUGCUGGCCAGAUACCACGCCCCAUCCACCAUCUUCCUGGACGAGCUGGAGUCAGUGAUAGGCCAGAGAGGAGCCGGCAUGGGAAAAGAACACGAGAGUAGCUACAGGAUGAAGACUGAGCUGCUGGUGCAGAUGGACGGACUGGUGAAAUCAGAGGACCUGGUGUUUGUUCUGGCUGCCUCCAACCUGCCGUGGGAACUGGACCACGCCAUGCUGCGGAGGUUAGAGAAGAGGAUUCUAGUGGGUCUUCCCACAUCUGGAGCUCGACGAGCCAUGAUCUCUCACUGGCUGCCUCCACUGAACUCCACACAAGGAGUGGAGCUACGGACAGAGUUGGACUAUGAAACCCUGGCAAAGAAUACGGAGGGUUACUCUGGCUCUGACAUCCAACUCGUGUGUAAAGAAGCUGCCAUGAGGCCAGUGCGCAAGAUUUUCGAUGUCCUGGAGUCACAUCAGCAUGAGACCACUGCCCUGCCCGACAUCAAGCUGGAGACUGUGACCACAGCAGACUUCUUAAACGUCAUCGCACACACCAAACCCUCAGCCCGGAACCUGAUGGACAAAUACACAGCAUGGGAGAGAGAGUAUGAGUCUGUCUGACACAGGAAU